AUGAAAUGUGAGUAGUAACCGGAACACGAAGAAUGAAAAACACAAACUAUUUCAGCCGAUCCGAAAUGCAUGGUCAAGGGACGCGAAUUGAUGUCAUGUCCCAAGAAGGACCCGAAAGAUGCGUCUGAAAAGUUGAUAUGCAUUGAAGCACACGAUUUGUGUGAUGAUCGAGCGGACUGUCACAACGGAGAAGACGAGGAUCCGCACUUUUGCAUGUUCAAAAAGCUGGUGAGCACUUUCAGACAUCCGGACUGAAAUCUAACUUGUCCUCGUUUCCAGGAAGAUGCAGAAAUGAGGAGAAUAAAGAAUGAGAUCCGACUUUUAACUCUGAGCAACCCGCGCAAACACCCGCAGUCAGAGUUCACAGACAUUGUUGUGAAUAACGAUGAGCAGUCUGAGGAGAGAGGCGUCAAACAGCCGAGCAGGCCGGGAGUAUUCAAGCUCAAGGCCGGAUCGGGACCGUUGGCAAAGUCCAAGUUGAAGACGCCACAGUUCAACCAGGAGGAGUACUCUGAAGAAGACGAAGAUGAUGAUGAUACCAAGCAGGAGAAAGAUGAUGAGCCUGAAGUGAAACAGAAGGAGGAGGAAGCGAAGCGGCACGCGAAGAGGAGGAGAGCUUACAGGCAUUUGUUAGAGUUGAAGGCGGCUAGAUUAUAA